AUGACGACCAUCACUCCACCAUCCCAGCCAAAUAAACUUCACGUUCUGGUCAUUGCUCAUCCGGACGAUGAGAGCAUGUUCUUCAUUCCUACCAUUCAAGCACUCCGCCAAGCGGGUGAAACACUGUGGAUCCUAUGCUUGACGACUGGAGACUACGAUGGCUUGGGCCAGCAACGCGCCAAAGAAAUGCAGCAAGCCUCCAAACUGCUUGGAUUUGAAAAGUGCAUUAUUCGUAGUGAUAACAAAACAACAAUCCAAGAUCAUCCGUCCCAACGAUGGAAGAUUUCGGAUGUUUCACAGGCCAUUGAAACGGCAUUGGCGGCGGAAGAACAUCAAGCUAGCAUUUCCAACUAUCAAGCAUUGGUCUUGAUCACCUUUGACGACAUGGGAGUCUCGGGGCAUGUCAAUCACAUUGACACUUAUUUGGGAGUCCAACAAUUCUUGAUUUCAUCAACGUCUCCACGACUACCAAAGAUGUUGGAAGCCUGGCAAUUGGAAUCCGAAUCCAAUCCAAUCCGAAAGUACAUUCCUAUGCUGUCGUGGAUUUAUCUGUUGCUAUCCUUGAUAUUUUCCCAAUAUCGCAACAUUAGUAUCCAAUCCAAAGAUACUCAAUGUCGUAUAUACCGGUGUCACGAACCAAACUUGAAUUGGAAUGCAAUGGCAACCCACCAUUCUCAAUUUGUUUGGUAUCGGAGAUUGUUUGUGGUCUUUAGUUGUUAUACCUACGCGAACGUACUCCGAAAAAUGGAGUCGACAACAACAUUUACGACAGCAAAGAAGACGGAAUAA